AUGGAACAGACAGCAGAGCUCCAGGACAGCUCCAAAUGUCAGGACGAUGAAGACGUGUGUGAGAGGACACAUUAUAAGAAGCUGAAAUUUCAUCCUGUCACAUGUUCUCCUGUCCUAUAUUCUUCUUUCUUCCUCCUCUUUCUCUCUGUACUACAUCUUAUUUCCUCUCUCCUUUCCUCUCUUGUCCACUCAGAUCCAGGAAACUCCCUGUCCAGAGUCUCCUCUUCUUCUUCUGCUGCGGACAGCAGCACUAAGCAUCUGCUGCAGAAGAAACAACACACCAGCAGCAGCCUGCUCUGUAACCCACACGUCUCCUCCUACGGUCCAGCUCCACGCUCUCCCAGCACCUUACCUCGAAGCUACGCCGCCGCUACCGGUGCCAGCAGCAGGGACAGCCAGCUGGACAGCCUGAUGAUGCAGCACUCGGAGGUGGAGAGAAAGAAGGAGGUGUUUCUGGACCACCUCAGGCAGAAGUAUCCUCACCACGCUGCCAUUAUCAUGGGACACCAGGACCACAUGAUGGAACAGGUGAGAUUUGAAGCUGUGCUUUGUGCAUCAGCUGCUAGUGUUGAACAAAAACACUGUGGAGCAGGGCGGUGCUGACCUCGCUUGACUUUCUCUCCACAAAUAAAGAUUUAACAUCAGAUCCAAGGAUUUAAUGGCACCUAACAAUACUGCACUGCUAAAGGAGAAAGCACUGCUCUCAGAGACGCAUGUUUAAGUAAAGAUUUUUAAGAAGUUUUCCCUCCGACUGAAUAACGUGUCUCUAGAUGCUAGUGGAAGUUAUUCACAGGGUGCAGAC